AGCCGCCGGGCGGAACCGGAGCCACACACCGCCGCAGCUGUCAGACGGUGCUGGCGUCUCGCCGGAUGGGCUCGGGACCUUCUUGCUUCUCCGUUCCAGCCGGUCAGCUCGGGCCUCGGUUGAUCCUCACCGUUUGAAGGAUGAACAAACAGGAAAUGGCGGACGAAGCUCUCUUUCAGUUGCUUCACACCGAGAUGGUUUCUUACGUUUAUAAAUGGGCGGAACAGGGAGAGAUGGAAAGUGGAAGAUAUGUCACUAAGCUGGAAAACAUGGGAUUCCGAGUAGGUCAAGGACUAAUAGAAAGGUUCACUAAAGAUACAGCACGAUUCAAGGAUGAAUUGGAUGUUAUGAAGUUCAUUUGUAAAGACUUCUGGACAAGUGUAUUUAAAAAGCAGAUCGAUAAUCUUCGGACCAACCAUCAGGGUAUUUACGUGCUUCAAGACAACAAGUUCCGGCUCUUGACUCAGAUGUCUGCAGGGAAACAGUAUCUAGAACAUGCACCCAAGUACUUGGCAUUUACUUGUGGGUUGGUUCGAGGUGCCUUAUCGAACUUGGGAAUUAAAAGUAUUGUGACUGUAGAAGUUACUACAAUGCCAGCAUGCAAAUUCCAAGUAAUGAUACAAAAGAUAUAGGAAGUUAAUGUCAAAGGUGCUGCUAUUGUUGGUAAAACAUUAUUUACAAUAUCUAAGUGUUAUUCUGUAAAAUGGCAUUGUGAUGUUUUGUUUACAUGUAUGUUCAGGCAUUAAAAGAGACUUUUAUAAUAAACUUAUUAUAGUAAUGCUAACUGGCAUUACUGGAAUAAAAAUCCACUUCAAAUUAGAAUAAUGGAAUUUGAGUCUUAGUCACAUAUUGUAAGUAUUAUUAUGUAUGAAGUGAAGUUCUUCAGUGUUCAAACUGAAAAAGGAAUGUUGUUUCACUUAAACUCCAGUUAUGAUCUAUAUGUGCUGAAAUUCAAGACAAAAUGUUGGAAACAAGUGUGUUCUGCUGGUGUUCUAGAAGGUCUCUGAUUAUUUAAAUAUACUUGUUUCUUAUUUUCAUAGUAUUUUCUAUUUUGUGACCAAGUACGCUGAUUUACUAUCUGUGCAUUUGUUACAAUUUGGGUAUUGAAAAAGUGGAAUGGUUUUCAUCCAUUUCCCUGCAAGAUGAGUGCAAAAAUGAUGUUGGUAAGAGAUUACCUUUGUGAGUUGUGCAGAGAGAGGACUAUAUGGGGUUUGAUAUUUCCUUGUAAAAAUUGUCAAACUAAAAUUUAUUGCCUAUGCCAGUGUUACUGUAUUUUCCCUAGGGACUUGUAUUCAUGGAAAUAAGGUAUUUAACUUGACUAUGAAUGUUGGGGAGAUGAUUAAUAUUGACCUGAAUAAAUUAUUUCAUAAAGAAUUAAGAUCUAAAAAGUGGGCAGAGGGAGGAAAGAAUAAUUAUUUGUUCCAUAGACUUGCAUUAGAAUAUCUGAGUAUGAAUGUUAUUUGGGUGUUCAGCCACGCAAUAAAAUCUUUACUGAUCUGUGACCUAAUUCCACA